UGCUCUGAUACAUUAUCUUUACUGUACAGCAGCAGGAAAAGAUCCUGAAAAUAUAUUUGUAAAAGGGAAAGUUCAAGGAAAAGUGAAGCUAGUUCUGAUUCGGUUGUUUACCAUCAAUCAGACUGUUGCUUGGCAGGGACUGGAUGACUAUAAGCCUGAACAAGCUGAAAAGGGGCAGGAAAAGAAGUGGAGGCAGCAUUCUUCCUAUUUAAAGCUGCAUCACUUCAAAAAAGUGUUUGCAGACGGUGACGGAGCUGGUGCUGAAAAAAAGGGGCUUGCAGACUUUGUCCUGGAGCUGGUGCUGAAAGGAAAAGAUCCCACAGCUGACUUCAUGGUGCUAAAAUAAGCUUAAGUUUUUGCACUUUUUGCUGCUCAGGAGGAUACACAUGUCUAAUAUUUAGACAUGAUGGCAACCUGGGUGCAAACAAGAACUUUUUUCAUUCUUGCUGCUUUAUUAGGGCAAUUUAUAACAAUAAAAGCACAAGAAGAAUUUCAAGAAGAAUUUGUGGGUGAAGAGGAUGCUGAAGAAAUAGCCUGCACUCAAAACGAUCAGAUGUACCUGAACAGGGAUAUCUGGAAGCCCUCACCAUGCCAGAUUUGUGUCUGUGACAAUGGAGCCAUUCUCUGUGACGAGAUCCAGUGUCAGGAUGUGUUAGAAUGUGAGAGCCCUCAGAUUCCCGCAGGAGAAUGCUGUCCUGUGUGCCCCAACACAGCACGUGUUGAUUUUGAUGGCAAUAUUGGUAGAGGAAGGAAGGGACAAAAAGGAGAACCUGGAGUGGUGCCAAUUGUUACAGGAAUACGAGGCCGCCCAGGACCAUCAGGACCUCCAGGUUCACAAGGACCAAGAGGAGAACGAGGACCUAAGGGGAGACCUGGUCCUCGUGGUCCUCAAGGGAUUGAUGGGGAACCUGGUAUCCCUGGACAGCCUGGUGAUCCUGGACCCCCAGGACAUCCAACUCACUCAGGACCAGAUGGGAGGAAUGCACCGUUUGCAGCUCAGAUGGCAGGAUUGGAUGAGAAAUCUGGAAUCAGUAGUCAAAUGGGAUUCAUGCCCGGUGCAGUGGGUCCAGUGGGUCCAAGAGGUCCGCAGGGUCUACAAGGACAACAAGGUGGUGUUGGCCCCACAGGCCCGCCAGGUGAAGCUGGGGAUCCAGGACCAAUGGGUCCAGUUGGUGCUCGGGGCCCCGAAGGACCUCCAGGCAAACCUGGUGAAGAUGGUGAGCCUGGAAGACCAGGACAACCAGGCGAGACUGGAUUCCCAGGAUCUACAGGAUCUCGAGGCUUUCCUGGUGCUCCAGGUCUUCCAGGUCUAAAGGGCCACAGGGGACACAAAGGACUUGAUGGUCCUAAAGGCGAGGUCGGAGCAACUGGAUCCAAGGGUGAAGCCGGACCAACGGGCUCAAUGGGUCCAACAGGCCCUCUCGGUCCUAGAGGAAUGUCAGGAGAAAGAGGGCGAAUUGGACCUCAAGGUGCUCCUGGUGGACGGGGUUCGCAUGGUAUGCCAGGGAAGCUUGGGCCAGUGGGACCACUUGGUAUAACUGGUUCUCCUGGUUUUCCGGGUCCUCCUGGUGUAAAGGGUGAAGCAGGUCCAACGGGUGCACGUGGCCCAGAAGGUCCUCAGGGACAAAGGGGUGAAACAGGGCCAUCAGGUCCAGCAGGGUCACAAGGACUUCCUGGAACUGUAGGGACAGACGGUUCUCCUGGUGCUAAAGGCCCAACAGGAUCUCCAGGUACUUCUGGCCCACCUGGCUUAGCAGGUCCACCUGGUUCUCCAGGACCUCAAGGCAGUACUGGUCCUCCCGGCAUCCGAGGCCAAGCGGGAGACCCUGGUGUGCCAGGUUUCAAAGGAGAAGCAGGUCCCAAAGGGGAACCAGGUCCACAUGGUUCUCAGGGUCCCAUUGGCCCUGUGGGUGAAGAAGGGAAAAGAGGCCCUCGUGGUGAUCCAGGGUCAGUAGGUCCUCCAGGCCCUGUUGGAGAAAGGGGUGCUCCUGGUAAUCGUGGUUUUCCAGGUUCUGAUGGCUUGCCUGGACCAAAGGGAGCUCAAGGGGAGCGUGGUCCAGCAGGUUCUUCAGGCCCUAAAGGAAGCCAGGGAGAUCCUGGGCGCACUGGUGAACCUGGCCUCCCAGGUGCCAGGGGUCUCACAGGAAAUCCAGGUGUUCAGGGUCCUGAAGGAAAACUUGGUCCUUUGGGUGCGCCAGGAGAAGAUGGACGUCCAGGCCCAGCAGGUUCAAUAGGAAUUAGAGGUCAGCCAGGCAGCAUGGGGCUUCCUGGGCCAAAAGGCAGCAGUGGUGAUCCUGGAAAACCUGGAGAAGCGGGUAAUGCUGGUGUCCCAGGGCAGAGAGGUACUCCUGGCAAAGAUGGUGAAGUUGGUCCUUCUGGUCCUGUUGGUCCACCUGGUCUAGCAGGAGAAAGAGGAGAACAAGGCCCUCCAGGUCCCACAGGCUUUCAGGGUUUGCCUGGGCCACCAGGUCCUCCAGGAGAGUCAGGAAAGCCUGGAGAUCAGGGUGUUCCUGGAGAUCCUGGAGCUGGAGGUCCAUUAGGUCCAAGAGGAGAACGUGGCAAUCCAGGGGAGAGAGGAGAACCAGGGGCAGCAGGACUUCAGGGUGAAAAGGGUAUGGCUGGAGGACAUGGUCCUGAUGGUCCAAAGGGUAGUCCAGGCCCCACUGGGACUCCUGGUGAUCCAGGUCCUCCAGGUCUUCAGGGUAUGCCUGGAGAAAGAGGUAUUGCUGGAACUCCUGGUCCCAAGGGUGACAGGGGUGGUGUAGGGGAGAAAGGCUCUGAAGGUACAGCUGGCAACGAUGGUGCAAGGGGUCUUCCAGGUCCAAUAGGUCCAAUGGGUCCAGCAGGUCCUACUGGUGAAAAGGGUGAACCUGGUCCUCGAGGUUUAGUUGGCCCCCCAGGCUCCCGUGGAAAUCCUGGUUCCCGUGGUGAAAAUGGCCCAACUGGUGCUGUUGGUUUUGCUGGUCCUCCGGGCCCUGAUGGUCAACCAGGUGUGAAAGGUGAACCUGGGGAACCUGGACAGAAAGGGGAUGCUGGAUCCCCGGGACCACAGGGCCUUUCUGGGUCUCCUGGCCCACCAGGUCCUCAUGGUGUUCCUGGUCUAAAAGGUGGUCGAGGUACUCAGGGUCCACCUGGUGCUACAGGAUUCCCUGGCUCUGCUGGAAGAGUUGGACCUCCCGGACCUACUGGAGCUCCGGGGCCUGCUGGGCCUCUUGGGGACCCAGGAAAAGAAGGCCCUCCAGGUCUUCGUGGCGAUCCAGGUGCACACGGUCGAGUGGGAGAUCGAGGACCAGCUGGGCCACCUGGCGGCCCUGGAGACAAAGGAGACUCAGGGGAAGAUGGGCAACCUGGUCCGGAUGGCCCCCCAGGUCCAGCUGGAACUACUGGUCAGAGAGGUAUUGUUGGUAUGCCAGGUCAGCGAGGUGAGAGAGGCAUGCCUGGCCUGCCUGGCCCUGGUGGAACACCAGGAAAACAGGGUUCAACGGGGCCACCAGGAGAUAAAGGUCCCUCAGGGCCUAUUGGCCAAUCAGGUGCCAGUGGUCCAGUAGGUGAACCUGGUCCAGAAGGCCCUGCUGGUAAUGAUGGUACUCCUGGACGAGAUGGAGCUGUUGGAGAACGUGGGGAUCGUGGUGAACCUGGACCUGCCGGUUUACCAGGUGCGCAGGGUGGCCCAGGAACUCCAGGACCAGUUGGCCCUACAGGAGAAGCAGGGCAAAGAGGUGAACCAGGUUCGCGGGGUCCACUGGGUCCACCCGGUCGUGCUGGAAAACGAGGCUUGCCUGGUCCCCAAGGUCCUCGUGGUGACAAAGGUGACAAUGGAGACCGAGGUGACAGGGGCCAGAAGGGUCAUAGAGGUUUCACUGGUCUUCAAGGUCUUCCUGGUCCUCCUGGUCCCAUUGGUGAACAAGGCAGUUCUGGGAUUCCAGGUCCUUUUGGCCCUAGAGGCCCUCCAGGUCCAGUUGGUCCUUCAGGCAAAGAUGGAAAUCCUGGACCACAUGGGCCACUGGGGCCUCCUGGUGUAAGAGGAAGUCUAGGAGAAGCAGGUCCUGAAGGUCCUCCAGGUGAUCCUGGUCCCCCAGGUCCCCCAGGCCCUCCAGGUCACCUCACAGCUGCCAUCGGUGACAUUAUGGGCCACUUUGAUGACAGUAUGGCAGAUCCACUGCCAGAAUUCACUGAAGAUGAAGCAGCCCCUGAUGACAACAAUAAAACUGAUCCAGGAGUCCAUGCCACACUGAAGUCACUGAGUAGCCAGAUUGAAACCAUGCGCAGCCCUGAUGGCUCCAAGAAACACCCAGCACGCACUUGUGAUGAUCUAAAGCUCUGUCAUCCAUCCAAGAAAAGCGGAGAAUAUUGGAUUGACCCUAACCAAGGUUGUGUUGAAGAUGCUGUAAAAGUCCACUGCAAUAUGGAAACUGGAGAGACUUGUAUUUCUGCAAACCCAUCUAGCAUACCACGCAAAACAUGGUGGACUAGUAGAUCAUCGGACCGCAAGCCUGUAUGGUAUGGCCUUGAUAUGAACAGGGGAUCACAGUUUGUCUAUGGAGACAGUGAGUCACCAAAUACAGCUGUAACCCAAAUGACCUUCCUGCGCCUUCUGUCAAAGGAAGCCUCCCAGAAUAUCACAUACCAUUGUAAGAACAGUAUAGGGUACAUGGAUGACCAGUCUAAGAACCUGAAGAAAGCUGUAAUUCUUAAGGGUGCUAAUGACCUGGAGAUCAAAGCAGAAGGAAACAAUCGAUUUAGAUAUACUGUCCUUCAGGACAGCUGCUCUAAACGUAAUGGGAACAUUGGCAAGACUGUCUUUGAAUACAGAACACAGAAUGUGGCACGCUUACCUAUCAUAGAUAUCGCCCCAGUGGACAUUGGUAAUACAGACCAGGAAUUUGGCAUUGAGAUUGGGCCGGUUUGUUUUGUGUAAAAGAAAGAGGAAAAUAUUAACAUACCACCACCACCACCAACAACAACUAAACACAAGAACUUGGACUGAUGGAAGUUAAUCCUGAGACUCUUGAAGUAAUGGCUGAUAUUGCAUCAGCAUUGUACAUACAGUUCUUUUUAAAUGCCUGGCCUCCUUCAGAAUAUUUAUUUUACUUACAAACCUUCAGUUUUAAAUGAUCUAAACCAACUUUUCAGUGCAGCAGUACAAUUUAAAAAGGACCAAUGAUUACCCUUUCAAAAAAUCUGAAUGAUAAUUGUAGGGCUUUUUUGCUCACCUUCUUUGAGUGUAAUUCAAAAUUUAUAGGUAUGCUAUACAGAUAGUUUAAAAGUGGAGCUUUGUAAAACUCAAAAGAAAUACUUCUUUUGCUUGGAUGCAGAUUGAAUAGCAGAAAGUAGAGCACUUUUGUGAAUUCUGGAUUAUAAUAUUUGCAACCAAAUAUGCUUUUCCCCCAGCAUGUUUAAAUGAAACCUAUGUUUUUCUUUCCCUGGCCAGUCACAAAAAAACCAAUUUCAUUAAUCAAAUAACGCUUUUUAAGUGAGGUCAUCUUACUUGGCAUUGUCCUUAGUGAAAUGCUUAACUAUUCUAUGUAAAUGUAACAGUCUACACAGAAGUGGAUGGCCUUAUAUUUUAUGAGACCUAGAAGAAAUCUCUUCAGCAUCAUAAACUUUUAUGAAAUAAAAAAAUUCAGGGGUAAAUCUUUGAGUAGGUCUACAUUUGAAUUUUAAGGGUCUGUCCUUCUCCCUCCUGACAAUGUACGUACAUAAUGACGCUUUCACUUGGAGGAGUAUGUACCCUUAAAUAUGUCUAAAACCCAAUAUCCAAUUGAUUUAUUUUAGUACUUGCAUAAUCUAAUAAGCCAUUACAUAUAAAAUUUUAUAGACAAUGUCAUAAGUUUGUUGUCAGCUUAUGUGUGUCAUCAGUCAUUCACAUGUGUACCAGACCAAGGGUUCAGAGACUCACUGUUGCAGAGAUGACUUUUUAGUCGACAACCAGUCAUGCAUCACCAGUAAUUUUGACCUAUUGGCCCUGAAUUGUCAGGGCAAAUAAUGAUCCACCAUUUCUUAGCAUGAGCUACCUCAUCUCUAAAAGCUGGGAUGCAUUUAAUAUUCUUGUUUUUAUUUUAGAUACUAAAAGGUGCUAUAUGCUUCUGUUAUUAUUCCAAGUAUGGAGAUAGGCAGGGCAAAAAUAAUAAUUUUUUUAAGUAAUGGUGCUAAAAUGACUUCUGUAAAAGCCUGACAAAAUAAAGAUACUUACCACCAACAUAGUUUUGAAGAGUAAAGCUGUUAGAUUUCCAGUGUUUGAAAGAACAGUGUUACAGUGCAUUUUAUCUGUUGGUCAUACACUAUAUGGAAUGUUUUGUAAUACCAACAUGUUUUAUUACCUGCAACGUGUGGGUACAAACAUAAUUCGAGGGUUUUUUUCUGUUUCUUUAUUGCAUUUGUGCUCUCCAAUGUUUUGUUUGUCUCUUUAAAUAAAAAAAUAAACAGCUGAGGCUAUCCCAAAAGAAAAGCCAUGCACAUAGCUUUAUUCAUGUAUCUUUGCAAAGCAUUUAAUUAAAUACAUGCUUCUUGUUA